CACUCCGGGAUGGAUCUGCCCUUAUAGCAAGUCUGCCUCAGCAGCUGCCAAGUUGCCUUUUUUUUUCAUUUUAGAGUGAAGCAGGACCCGAGACAAACGACAAGAAUCUUCCUGUCACUUCCUCGCACCAACUUGGCAGUGUUUGGCUGCAGCAUGAGUGCCGGAGCGCGUCCCCGCGCGGCGCUGCUGCUCUGCUUCGUCUGCUCCGCCUGCUCCGCGGCGGGCAGCAUGUUCGCCUUCACCGAGGAGCCCUACGAGAGAGCCGGGAGGGCGGACGGCUACUGCAGCCGGAUCCUCCGGGCUCAGAGCAACCGGAGGGAGGGCAACAACGAGUUCCGCCUGCGCGUGGAGGGCGACCCGGACAGUUACCAGCCGGGCAGCACGUACAGAGUGACUCUGAGUGCAUCCAGUCCCUCCUACUUCAGAGGGUUCACCCUUAUUGCCCUGAAAGAGGCUGCAGAAGGAGACAAGGAUGAAGACUAUGUUGGGCGUUUUCAGAUAAUUGAUGAGGAGGAGACACAGUUUAUGACCAACUGUCCCCCCGCAGUGACAGAGAGCACUCCUCGCAGGCGAACCAGCAUCCAAGUGUUCUGGGCGGCGCCCCCUAGUGGCUCAGGCUGCGUUCUUCUUAAGGCUAGCAUUGUGCAGAAGAGGAUAAUCCUUUUCCAAGAUGAAGGCCCACUCACCAAGAAGAUGUGUGAAAAAGAAUCCUUGUACGGAGACACCACAGACAAACCGCUGCUCGACUGUUGUGCCUGUGGGACGGCAAAGUACAGAGUCACCUUCCACGGGAACUGGUCAGAGAAGAUUCAUCCCAAAGACUAUCCCCGUCGUGCCAAUCACUGGUCAGCCAUCAUCGGUGCCUCCCACUCUAAGAAUUAUGUGCUGUGGGAAUACGGCGGCUUAUCCAGCGAUGGAGUAAAGCAGGUCGCCGAGCUGGGCUCCCCGGUUAAAAUGGAGGAGGAGAUCAGACAGAAGGGUGAAGAGGUCCUAACGGUGAUCAAAAUGAAAGCACAGUGGCCGGCCUGGCAGCCCCUCAACGUGCGCGCUUCCCCUUCAGCUGAAUUCUCCGUGGACCGGAGCCGCCACCUCAUGUCCUUCCUGACCAUGAUGGGACCCAGUCCAGACUGGAAUGUGGGUUUGUCUGCGGAGAACUUGUGCACUAAGGAGUGUGGUUGGGUCCAGAGGGUGGUCCAGGACCUGAUCCCAUGGGAUGCAGGCACCGAUAGCGGGGUGUCAUAUGAGUCUCCGAACAAGCCUACUCUGCACCAGGAGAAGAUUCGUCCCCUGACAAGUUUGGAUCAUCCUCAAAGCCCGUUUUAUGAUCCAGAGGGAGGUGCCAUCACUCCUGUGGCCAGGGUGGUGGUGGAGCGCAUUGCCAGGAAGGGUGAACAGUGCAACAUUGUGCCGGACAAUGUGGAUGACAUUGUAGCAGAUAUUGCCCAGGAGGAGAAAGAGGAAGAUGACACUCCUGAAACAUGUAUCUACUCCAACUGGUCUCCAUGGUCGGCCUGCAGCUCGGCCACUUGUGACAAGGGCAAGCGGAUGCGGCAAAGGAUGCUCAAGGCCCAGUUGGACCUGAGUGUUCCCUGCCCACACACUCAGGAUUUUGAGCCAUGCAUGGGACCUGGAUGCAGUGAUGAAGAUGCCUCUACCUGCAUGAUGUCAGAGUGGAUCACCUGGUCUCCAUGUAGUGUAUCCUGCGGAGCAGGCACGCGUUCUCGGGAACGAUAUGUUAAACAGUUUCCGGAUGAUGGUUCAGUCUGCAAUCUGCCCACAGAGGAGACCGAGAGCUGUGUGGUCAAUGAGGAGUGCUCUCCCAGCAGUUGCUUGGUUACAGAGUGGGGUGAAUGGGACGUCUGCAGCGCCACAUGCGGUCUUGGCAUGAAGAGGAGAGAGCGCAUGGUGAAGAUGCCUCCUGCAGAUGGCUCCAUUUGUGGGGCAGAGGUGCUAGAAGUAGAGAAGUGCAUGAUGCCAGAAUGCCAUACAAUCCCAUGCUUGCUGACCCCAUGGUCUGAUUGGAGUGACUGCAGCGUAACAUGUGGGAAGGGUUUGAGGACACGACAGCGGAUUCUCAAAUCGCCUUUGGAGCUGGGAGAGUGUACAGAGGAUUUGGAGCAGAUGGAGAAGUGCAUGCUACCAGAGUGUCCCAUUGACUGUGGCAUGUCGGAGUGGACGGAGUGGUCAGAAUGCAAUAAAUCCUGUGGGAAGGGUCACACAAUCCGGACUCGCAUUGUGAUGCUGGAGCCUCAGUUUGGUGGAGACCCUUGUCCAGAAACCAUCCAGAGGAAGAAGUGUAAGAUCAGGAAGUGCAACCGUGGACAAGGCACCAGUGAUGAGAGGAGACGGCGCAAGGAGCAGCGAGAAAAGCGGAGAAGCAAACAGGGCAGAGCUGAAGGCGCCUCCGAGCAUCCAGGGUGUAGGAUGAGACCGUGGUCAAGUUGGACAGAAUGUACCAAGCUAUGCGGUGGAGGUAUUCAAGAGCGACUCAUGACUGUGAAGCAGAAGUUUAAGACUGCCCAGCUGUCCAGCUGCAAGGACAGGAAAGAGAUCAGGGCCUGCAAUGUGCAUCCCUGUUAGGGCCACGUGAAGGAAGGGGAUGAUGUGAACUCGGUGGGGAGGAGGGCGACAGUGGGGCUGAAAAGAGUUUAGCGCACACUGUCACACAAUGAUCCAAUGCACUCUGUUUAGAGCUGAAAUGGCCCGUUCUUGAAUCUGUAUUGGUUAAAUCCAGACUCGGGUCAGUUAUCGUUUAAAGAAAGUGAAAUGUAUACUUCUCUCUGGUAAUCUCUGGAUUUCAACUCGGCUGAUUCUGCUGUGGUUUCAAACUAGCUCUGAUACACAUAUGACUCUUUUGCAACAUUACUGUAAACUUGUUGUGGUAUAAUAUAUCUUGAAAAAUAAAAUUAUGAAUUGUAAACUGAUUUAAAGAUUAAAAAAGAACUGUUAUCUCUUGUGGUAUCCUUUAGUAGUACAGUAUAAUCCAACCUUUAAGCACAGGUGCCCAGCCAUUCCAGUGUUUUAUAUGCCUUCAAUUGUUCAGUUGUUUGUAGGACACAAUAUUACCAGUAAUUUUUAUUUUUUACCCAGCUGAUUUACUGUACAUGUAGAUGCCUCAUGAUUGACAUCUAUAUGAUUUGGAACAUUAUUAGAAAAUGUGUUAUUUUUUUGCAGUGUAAUUUUUUGAUAAGAAUGUGUCCGAAGAUUCUUACCAAAGUCUUGUGUAGAUGUUUUCUAAGUGUUUUUUCCCUUUUCUUUAUCUCUCUUCCUCUA